GCGACAUUCGAGAAGUCUGGAGUGUGGGUGAAGCUGCAUCUCAGCCGGGACUCUCCGGAAGUGCUGUAUGAGAUAUGGAAGCACGGGAUCCUACUGGACUCUGGGUCAGGGCUUGUGGAUGCAGAUACCGUCUACUUGGUGAACGUUGCUGGCACAGCCCAUGAAACGGGUGGGUGGGUCCCGGAAGUCCACUAUCAGAUCUCUGCGACGGCCCAGGGUACACUUAAGGGCAACGAGCUGGUAAUUGAAUCCAUGUACGGCAAGGAGAAACACGAAGAAGAUUUCCAUACGCCAUGGCCCGCGAUGCCUGGAACGCCCAGCUUCGAGAGCAAGGAUUUGCCCCUUUGGAUGUUGGGCACUUUUUCCAAGCCUGGAAGCACCUAUUCGCAUUUGGUGGCUCAAGCUGGUCAUUACCUGUAUGGUGCGACUUCCUAUUACAUUCCCGAGGGUGAUCCACAGUGUGCGAUUGUCACCAGACUCGUGAACGAGUUCAAGGAGACAGGACAGAAGAGUUCUGCUGCUGGCUUCCUUGAGAAGCGCACAGAGGAGCUGCAACUCUCCAAUGUGACCUAUGCUGAAGUUCGUCGACAUGAGGUGACAUCGUCUGCUUCCUUGCCCCGCAUGCUCCGCGACAUGAUGCUUCGAAUCCACUACUUCUUCUUCAAGGGUGGCUACGAGAAGUUCUUCGGGAUCGCCACUUCGGACCCCGGGUGCAAAAGCGGUGGUCGAUCUCCGGGCCUCUUUGGGUCUCUGGUUCGCUGUUCACGGUUUUUGAUGUGCGUGAGCUGCUGA